AUGGAUUCUCAAACCAUUUCAGCCCAAGACGACACAGGAAAUAGGCAGAACAGUCGUUACCCAGACAACUCCCCCAAACAAUAUGCUGGCUGCCGAGCUUAUAGAUCCCAAAACAACGUGACACUGCCUUCUGUGACCAGCUACCAACACCGACUUCCAGAAGAUGGUUCAGUACCGGAUAAGGUCCUCGAGCCCCUCUCUGUCUCAUCCGGCAAAAUGGACAAUCUCUCAAGACCUACCGCCUUGAACGCGAUGCCCCACAACUCAGCAACAGAGUCUCUAAAGCCCCAUCUCAAUCCACGGGCGUCAGCGCCCCCUCUCCUACCAGAGCAGGCCUUGAAGCUUGCUGGCUCGGGUGCCCUCCAGGAAAAUAGCAAACCUACAACCUUUUCACCCCUAGGAGAGGUUGGAUGCGCUGGGCAUGCAGCCAGGCCUGGGUUACUUGAUGCAAGUUACACUAAGCUGCAGGGGUCCCCUAGGCCUGAUGUGAGUUCCUUUGAAAGCACGGGAGGCAGAGGGGCAUUUGCUCCUGUAACUCCGAUACUGCUACCUCCUUGGCCGCAGCCAACGACGUCCCGUAACCACAAGGCUGUUGUUGAGAUGUUUGGGAGUAGCAGCGUUGAUGGCCGCAGUUGCAGUCCCGUUGAAUCUGGGGAAAUGACCGAACUCGAAAGUGCUGAUGACGUGAUGACUGCCGCGGCCGCAGCAGCCAUCGAGCAGCCCCAGAGCCAAAAAUUUGAGAAUCUAGACAUUGACUCUGUUGGCCUCAACGAGGCCGUCUUCUACUUUGGUGUUCUCGCCGUUGUGGCCAAUCUGCGCCCAAGUUUCAGCUAUGCAAGAACUGCUGGUGGGAACUGGAGAGCUUUUCUCACGUACUGGGGUGCCACGGUCUCGAAGGAUGGUGCUUAUGAGGAUAAAUUUCUUGCUAAGGCGGAGACAUGCCGUUCUGCUCUGGAAGGCUUGAAGGAGAAGUAUUCUGGCUGGACUUUGCCUGAGCUUCCGGGCCCACAGGUGCUGCUUGGCGGGUGGAUUUGGACUACCCUACUUCAGGAAUAUUGCGAACAAAACAAAGUAGCCCGUCCAGUCUAUACCAAAUACGAGCAUCAUGAUGGAUGCCGGUAUGAAGUGGAUGUGGGAGGGAUAUCCUGCUUCGGGGCCAAUAAGUUCUAUAAAACAGCUACUGAGGCUAUACAUGCCUCUGCUCAUGCAGCUCUUUAUAGUCUAUUAAUCACCAGCCUUGAGGUUACGCCAUUGUUUCAAGGGGUUGGGUUUGCCGGUAGUUUACUGACGAACAGUGUUAAUAAUAACAACGAAACUGCAACUGCACCAAUUCAGAAGCCAUCUCUUCAGCCUCAGGGAAGCAAUUACGCUAUGAUGUUUUUCGCCAGUGGAGUUUUCCAAGAUUUUAUUACCCAAGUUAAGCGGAAACGACAUGCGGGAAAAAACAAAAUACUGUCUGGUGACCCGGAUCUACCCGCUGGGAGAUCAAAUGUAAGCACUAUGUCUGGGUCAGAUCUAUUGCCACCUGGACCAUCGAAGCAAGUGGGUAAGAAGGCCAAAAAGAGGGCCAAAAAGAAGGCAAAACGAGAGAAUGCCAAUUUGUUGCCAAUUCCUACGAGGAGCCAGAGGCUACCAACUGCAGAAGUCACAGCUUCGAGUACCAAAAACGAGAAAAUAUCAUCAAGGGAUCUCAGAUUGGUGACGAGCCAAUAUUGGAAUCCGUGCGAGCGCGUUGAAAACCAGCCAGAAUACCACAUGACCGAGCUGCAGGUGGAUGGGCCUGCUACAUGGUUCAGUGCGACGGCUCGGUUCCCGAAUGAUCCAUUCCUUGCGCGGGUUGGAAGUAUUGGGCGAUCCAAGUUUAUUUAUUCGAUACAAAUUGCCAAGGAGAAAUGCGCUGCGCAAGUGGUUGACUAUUUGAUUAAGAUGGUUAAGGAAGACGAGGAGUGGGCAGAUCCGAAAGAGAAGACGGAGGAGAAUAUUCGUAAGUGGGAACAGAUGGCUGCUACGGCCGCCGUUUCUGUUGGUGUAUCUGAAUUGGGGGUUACCGUGGAUUCUCAUGCUGCACGGGGCGCAUUGGGGAAAAAUCCUGGGGUUGAUCCUUUUGGUUCAGAUGCCAUGUAUGAUUUCAUUCCAUUGGAGGAAUGUGUGAAAAUCGAGAAAGGGGAGGAGGAGUAG